AUGGAUUUUCUGAUGGGGCUGCCAAGAACCGAGCUAAAGCACGAUGCCAUCUGGGUAGUGGUGGACAGGUUGAUGAAGCCCGCGCACUUCAUACCGUUUCGUACGACGUAUUCUCGAAGGAUUAUGUCAGAAUUAUACCUGGAGCACAUUGUGAAACUACACGGAGUGCCACUGUCUAUCACGUUUGAUCGUGAUACCCGCUUCAAUGCAAGGUCACCUGUUUGUUGGUUGGAACCAGAGGAUCGACUGAGUACUGGACUGAAGGUCAUUCAAGAGAACAAUGAGAAGAUAGCCGUGAUUCAGGAACGGCUGUUGACAGCUCAAAGUCAUCAGAAAAGCUACGAUGAUAGAAGGCGUAGGCCUUUGGAAUUCCAAGAAGGCGACUUUGUUUUACUGAGGGUUUCCCCACGUAAGGGAGUUGCACUAAGGUAUAUGGGACUAUUCCUGAUCGUGCAACGAGUCGGGGUGGUGGCUUAUCGGUUGGCUUUACCGCCUGAAUUAUCUCACGUGCCUGAUGUGUUUCAUAUCUCCAUGCUUCAGAAAUGUCAACCUGAGCCGGAAGCUAUGGUACAGUGGUUUGACAUUCUGAUACAGUAUGACGCGACGUACGAGGAGGCACCAGUACAGAUUCUUGACCGGAAGAUAAAGAAUCUGCGCCAUCGUGAGAUCCCGUUAGUGAAAGUGUUAUGA